AUGCUCGCAACAGUGGUUAAGAAUUUCAUGCGUGUCGUGGGCGCAACGGGACCACGCCAUUCAUCGUUUCUAACCGCGUCGGCUUCGUUUUUUUCUACAAAAGCGCCAAAUUCCGAGAUGCCCGCAACCGAUAAUCCCAAGCGGACCAAGCUUAAGAUUCCUACUAAACGCGCGGCAUCGCUGCUGCAACAGCUGGAGGCGGAAGCCGUAGCCAAGGCCUCGGAAGGAAAAAACAUUGUAGAUUUUAAUCCAGGCGACUCAGUUGAGGUGCAUUACCUAUUGAGUCGUACAAGCAGCCGCGUACAACGUGUGAAGGGCGUCGUGUUGGCGCGACGAAAUCGCGGCACGGGUAGUUCUUUCGUCAUUCGUAACCACAUUGGGGGCUACGGCUUCGAGCAGAAGAUCUUUCUGUGCUCACCGCUUUUGCAAAGUGUCAAGCUAUUGCAGAAAUCGUUCAUCCAUAAAGGCAAAAAACGUGUGCGCCGCGCUAAACUUUACUAUCUGCGGGAGAAGGCGCCUAGCAUCACAACGGUCUAA